AGUCGAGUUGAUUGGGGCGAACAGUUGCGGUAUAGUUCUUGCGUGGAAAUCAUCAGAGUAAGAUGGCAUGGCAAAUGGCUCCGGAGACCCUAAGAUUUUGUCAAAUCUAUAUCCUGGCGACACUCUUAUUUUCGCUCUUGGCACAGGCGAUCGCGCAAAUAAGCUGUAUUACACAGGACUACUACCUGCCGUCGAACCAACAGGUAUUCAAUAUAACAUCGCCCAACUACCCAGCAGCCUACAGACCAGGUACAAAUUGCCGAUUUCGCAUAAUUGCCCCUUACGGAUAUGUGGUGGUGCUAAACUGUCUCUUCGAAGUGUAUUCGAAUACAUGUGGCACUGAGUAUUUCUACAUCUCACGGGAUGGCGACUUAGACUUUCGCGAAGGCGAAACCUUUUGCACCACCACAAAUAUCGUGCGCAACUCUUACUUCCGGCCCAUGACGGUGGGAUAUUACUCAUCGGCGAUGAAUACUAAUCAGCAGGGUCGUUUCAUCUGUCAGGCGUAUUCACAGCAGCAACCCUGUGACUGUGGCUGGACCACACAGACGCGAAUUACUAAUGGUCAAGAGGCGGCGAAGCACGAAUAUCCUUCGAUGGUUGCAUUGCGAGAUAUCGGUUCUUCACAGCAGAUCUUCUGUGGCGGCAGUAUUGUGAGUAACCGACAUAUUAUAACAGCGGCACACUGUAUGCGCGUGCAACCGGAUCCACGCAGGAUAAUCGCAUAUGUGGGAGACCAUGAUCUAAGUAGCACUACCGAAUCCAUUUUCGCCGUGCAACAUCGAAUCCAACAAAUUAUCAUACAUCCCGGCUACGCCUCCACAGCCGAUAGUGUCGUCAACGACUUGGCGCUACUCAUCACCAUAGCACGCAUCGAGUGGUCACGUGGUGUUGGACCCAUCUGCCUGCCACUACUACAAGCGUUUGUUAACAAACACUACAACUCAGAUUUGUUCACAUACCGCACUGUGGAUGUGACCGGUUGGGGCACUACCUCUUUUGCGGGUCCCAAAUCGAAUACUUUGCAGAAAGUGGAGCUCAUGACGGUGGAAAACAGCGCCUGCGCGAACCAAUUCAACACCACCAUUACUCUCGCGCACCUUUGUACCCACGAUUUUCGAGGUUUGGGACAGGAUUCAUGUCAAUAUGACUCUGGCGGUCCGGUUAUACUCAGACAACAACAACAGUUGUCACAGCCGUCUCGCAUGUACGUCUUGGGUGUGAUUAGCUAUGGUGGCACGUGCGGUGCUCGCUAUGGGGUGGGCGUCAAUACACGUAUGACGUCACAUCUGCGUUGGAUCUGGACGUAUUUGCAAAAUGCGGGCGGUGUUUGUGUGCCCUAAAUAAGUGUGCAAUAAACCUAUUUUCUAUUCAAAAAAUAAAGGAGAUGGAUGGAAGAGUUUAAUUUUUUUAAUGAAGAUUGCGAUCACAGAAUGUCAGAAAUUCAUAGCUUGAGUGUAUUUCUAUCAAAAUUUGGUUUGAAAAUUAACCUUAAGAGCUCCACAUGAUGCCAGUCAUUUUUUUCUUCGUAGGCAGUGUUGCCUUUAUUAUCAAAUUUCCUAAGUUUAGUGCAAAUAUUUUGCAUUUUAUUAAAUCUAAUAAUUUUAUGCGUCGAUUUAUGUGUAAAUACCAAAGAGCGUAUGCACAUUUGUAGAGUUCUUACAUCUUCAUAUGAAGCUUGUGCUUUGUCACUGCACAGAUCCAGCCUGACUGCUUUACUGUUGUUCUUGAUUUUACUGCUGCUGCUGCUGCUGCUGCUGAUGAUGAUUAUGAUGAGGACAAAAGACUUAAUUUGCAUUUAAAUUAAAAUGGCCUCCUUCUUGCUGUCGUCGCUGCCACAUUCACUGCUCCACAUUUUGCGCCGCAAUUGUUUUAUAGUUUAUGGAAAAUCGCAAUUAAAAUACUGACUUAUGGUAAAGCACUAUACAUACAUACAUACAGGCAUAAACACACAAAUAUUUUAAGUUGAGAA